UCCAAUAGUUUCACUUCCCUUCCUGAAGAAGCGGGUGACGUAAGAUGAACAGUGAGUGAGUGAGUCAACAAGUUGUUGGAACUGAGAGUAGUGACUAGUGAGUACUGAUGUUUCGUCUCUCGCAUUUCUCUCUAUUCGGCUGAAAUUUUUCUCACUUCCACUAGUACAGCUAGUGCUUCCUCUUCCGCGAGACAACAAUUCCUCUCUUCCAUUUCAGUUCCGGAUACUUCUUUGCUUCCUGAUUUAGGAAAAAUGACGGAUAACAACUCCUCCGGUGAGUGAGGCAUGACAUGUCCACCACAGUCAGACUCUCAAAACUUGCCGGUUGGAUGGAGAUUCCACCCGUCUGAUGAAGAACUGGUUGAUUAUUAUUUGAAGCGGAAGAGGCUUGGUCAUCCUAUAUAUGGCUUGGACAUCAGCGAGGUUCAAGUAUGCGAUUAUGACCCUAGGGAUCUACCAGGUCUUUCCAUGAACAAUUCUCGGGAUAAAGUUUGGUAUUUCUUUUGUCUUCGUCUGUAUCACAAUAAUAGAGGCCAAGCUAAAAGGAAGGCUAAGGAUGGAUAUUGGAAAGGCACAGGUGACCUUCGCUCGGUCACGCCUGAAGAUAGUGAUGAGGAGAUCGGAACAAAGAGAACCUUGGUUUUCCAUAAUCCUAAAGCCACCCAAUGGGUCAUACACGAGUAUGAGUACACUGCUGCACUCAAUUUGCCUACAAAGGGAGAUUAUGUUCUUUGUAAACUAAAGAUAUCGAAGAACAAGAAAAAAGCAAGUAAGAAAGAUGAGAAAGCUGAACCAGAUAGCAAGAAGACAAGACCAAAUAAGAAGUCAAGAAAAAGUGAAUCAAAUGGUAAUUUGGCUUCUGCUUCUGCUUCCACUUCCAAAAAUAGAAAGUUAGAGGGGAUGACGACUAAUUCAGCUUAUGGUGAAGGUGAACCAAACAGCCUAAUGAUUUUAGAUUUAGAAAAUCAAAAUCUAAAUACGAUGGCUUCUAUCUCAACCUAUAACAAAGAUGAGAUGAGCAGCCUGAUGACUUCUAAUUUUGAGAAUGGUUAUUAUAAGAGAGCUAUCGUUUCAACCUGUAAUAAAGGUGAAACAAGUUGUCCAAUGGCCUCUGAUUUGGAAAAUCAUUGUCCUGAGGAGAUGACUGCUAUGUCAUCAUACAAGAAAGUUAAUCCAAGUUGCCCCAGGGCUUCUGUUUUAGAAAAUCUAAGUCCAAAUGAGAUAACUUCUCUUUCAACCAAUAGCAAAGGUGAUACAAGUUUCUUUAGGACUUGUGAUAUUGAAAAUAAAAAAUCAGAUGCGUUUGCGAAAGUUAAAUCAAUAGACCUUGUUACUUGGGAUUUUGAAAAGCAAAAUCCAACUAAGAAUAUAGACAUACCAGUCCCAACAGAAGGUGAACAGAUUCCUCAGAGUCCCUCAGUGGCUUCUAAUGCUGGAGAAACCACAUGCCAAGAAGUGCAAAGUCAAUAUAAGAAGACUAGUGUGCCAAUCCCUGAAGAUUAUGCGGGUUCCUCAACAACUUCUAAUGAGGAAGCUAUGUUUCAAGUGCAAAGCCAAUAUAAGAACACAGAGAUGCCAAUUCUUAAAGACAAUGGUGAUCUGUUUACAGCUUUUGAUGCAGAAGCUAAAUUUCCUGAGAUAAACUCUCAAAUGCUGGAAGAGUUAUUAGCGUUCUAUGAACUAGAAGACAGCCUCAACUCUGCACCGCAGCAGCCUAUACCAGAGGAAAGCCCCAGUAUCAAGUAGCGGCGUCGGCAACCUCUGCAUCUUUUUGAACAGGAAUUUGUUCCUAUUAGGUUCCUGCUCAGGAACUAAACAGCAUAAUAGUAGAAUGGACUUAACUUAUUGGCAAAGAGGGUAUGUCCCUCUGUUUUGUAUUAGAUAUGGCUGAAAGAAACUAAGACAAUUAGUGUAGGAACCAAACAGCUAUAGUCGUUUGGUUCCUCAAUCUCAAUGGUUGAUCCACCCAUUGAUUAUCCAAAUGAUAGACGUGUUGAGUUAGACUUUGAUCUAGCAACUGCAGCUUCAAGCUGCAAUCCAUUAUAACGUGGCCUUAUACUACCGAAUGUGUAGGCUAUGUAUCGAUGGAAGAAGUUAACAUGUCUCUUUCCCUGGAGUUAUGGCUUAGACCAUUAUCGUCUGUUCUGAGGACAUUAAAGAAGUAUCGUAGAACUUCAAUGUAUUUAACUCCAAUGUAGAGUUCUGUUCCUUAUUUGUGAAUGUGUUGUAUCAAGAAAUAACAACUUGAAGCUUCUGGGUUCGUACACAUGUAACCUUUUGUUGUAAAAAUGUUGAAUAAUAAGUUAAAGUUUCAAUUGAAAUUCA